AUGCUGCUUAUUGUAAUUAUCGGGGCUGUUUUAUCAGAAGAAAUUUUAAAAGACUUUGAAACCUUCUAUUUGACUCCAAAUGAAUCAAUAAAUUUAAGACUUCAUGAUUAUUUCUCACAUAAUGAAAUAGACUUCUAUAUCUCAAAUACAAACAUGACUGGAAAUGAUAUAAAGUUAAAGCAUGAUUCUUCACUGAAUCUAAUUUCGCAUUUACCCACCAAACCUUUAAGCACAAAUUAUACAAUUUUUAAUAAAACAUUCCCUUCUAUUGAAUUUCCUGAAGGCAUUUUCUUUUUGAAAUAUGAUAUCAAUCACAUUUCAGCUUAUUUAUUUGCGAAAAAUACAUUAAAAAUAGAAGAGCUCUGAAGUUUUCAAAUUAAAAGCAAUACAAUCACUCAAGCUGCUAUAUACCACUAUCUACAUCUAAAAUGUAUAAUUUUAGUUGCUAAAUCCCUUAAAAAUCCUAUAUUUGGAAUAUGAGAAAAUGAAAUUUAUCUUAUAAAAUUCCAAGAACCCAUGAAGCCUGAUCAUCCAAGAAAAUUAUACCUUUGAGAUAUUAAAUACACAACAGAUUUAAAAAUUUCUGAUGUGGAAGAGCAAAGCUUAAAUGCGGUGGUCUUCUUUGGGAGAUUUAAAAAUCGAAAGCAAGCUGUAUUUUUAUAUGAUUUUGCCCAUAUAAGUUCGGGCAAGUUAUUAUAUUCGCUUCACUCUUAUAUAGGCCUAAAAGAAUUUGAAAAUUGUGAAAUGAAUAUAGUUCAAGCUUGAAGCGAUUUCAGCAAAUUGUUUUUAUUAGAUUCAAAUCUGGGAUUAAUCAUUUCUAAAUCGUAUAUCAUAAAAACUGUUUAGAGUUGUGAGAUGCUUAAACUUUAAGAGAAGGACUAAGCAUUGAGCAGCUGCUUUGUGAACUAAUCCACUGAACAGCGUCUUAUCGUCUUCUCUUUGCAGCGGAUAAGCCAAGGGGAAGGAGAAGGGGGCUUACUGGAUUAAACCUUUGAAUAGUGGAAAUGUGAUUAAAAGAAUAAAAGAGAUCCCCAGAAAGACCUAAGCAGGGUAAUCUGACCAAGAGGAUUGGCAGGGUGAAGUAGAAAAUGGUGGUGCCUGCAACGCUAAUCGACUUAAUAAGCACUACAAAAAAAUUAGAGUUUUGGCCUGGGCUUAUUUGCAAGGGUAUAAGUCACUCAAUCGCUUUUCACACCAGACAGUGUCUUAAUGAGCUAUAGAACCCCACCUAUUGACGAGGAGAAUUUAUUUUAAUUUUUAAUUAAUUUAUAAAUCUCAAGUUAUAAAGUCUAAAUGGCAAUAUUUCGAUUUUAUUGACUUAAGAAAAUAUGGCCCUGCAAGCAAUAUGAUUAAAGCAAUAAGAAAUAAUUUUUUUCAGCCUAUUGGUAUCAGCACAUAUAGCGGAGUAAUUUUUACUGCACAAAGAAGCUCACCAAUUGAAUUUUAUUGAGUCAAUACAUAUAAUGCAUUUAAUGCAUUAUUGUCAAUUCAUUCCAUACAGUUUCGUGCAAAUUUUUUAUUUAUGCAAGUGGAAGCAAAUAACACUUUAUAUUUGAUGGCUUAUGAAUUUAAUGAAUUCUGGGAAAAUUCACCGCAGUAUAAUAUUGCAAAUUUCGAUGUAAAAAAGGUUGUAGAUAAAGGAUUUAAUAAAAAUGGAAUGUGAAUGGCUGUGUUUUUCAAUGAAAAAAUGUUUUAUAUUAGGCAUGAUUAUGAUGGGAUUAGAGCCUUUUUAGUCAAUUUGAAGGAUUGAGCUAUUGAAAUAACAGGAAACAGCUCUUUUUAUGCAGAAAUUACAGGAAAAUCAAACCAAUCAAAUAAAAAAAGUGUUAAAAAGAGUUUUAAUGUUGUUUCAGUGCUUUCAAACUCUUUAGAUAUUUAUAAGAAGAAUUCAGCUUCUAUUGAUGCAUAUUUAUAUGGACCUAAUUUAGAAAUAAAAAUUAAUGCAGAUUCUUUAUAUUCUGGGCCAAAUCUUACUUGCUGUCUUAUAAAUGCUGAGCUUCCAUCUGAUAUUACUGUCAGUUGAUCUUUUCCUGAUCAUGAUAAUAUUUUAAAAGAAAUUAUUUUGUUACCAAACCCAUUGUAGCGCAAGCUCAGCUCUAGCCUGAUCUCCUUCCUCUCUGUCAGAUUCAGGCUAGAUGAAGCUGCCAAAAUCAUUUUGGCGUGCCAAAUCUAUAAUGAUGAACUUUUCAUUUCUUUUUGUUUUAUAUCAUUAAGGAGAAUGAAGAGUCAAAAUUGAGCUAUAGCCGUCCUCAAAGUGUAUUUAUUAAAGUUUACGAAGCAAUCAUUAUUUAUGGUUUUGACGAUAAAGUCAUUGCUCAAGAAGUAGAUCCUUUAGAAAAUAUUUAUACAUUAUCAAAUAAUUCAAACAUUAUUAGGUUUUGAUAUUUAGGCUCCACACUAAACUGAUUUGUUGUAUCUUAUGACAAUGAGUACCAAAUCUUUUUAUUGUCAAGAUGCCAUUGAUUGUUAUGGCUUAAGGAAUAUAUUUGCACAGAUGUUCAGACUGAUAUUGACUGCUUAUUUAUUGGAUACGACAAACAGGGGACGACAAUUUUUUGUGCAAACCAGUUUGCGAUAGAUGUUUAUAUAGCAAAUUCAAUGGAAAAACUAUUUAGAAUAGAUAAAGAAAUGCUGGGUAUUGAUAAUGAUCUUUAUAUCCAAGGUCUAGAAACUUUAGAUCAUUCAUCUUUAUAUAAAUAUCACAUUGUUUUUUAUGUAAUUUACUUAUUUAGUAAUAUAUUAUAAGACUACACCCUGUAAAGUCAUAUACCCAAACUAAUUAUGAAACCGAACCAUUUGCCCUAUUGUGGCUUAUUCAGCACCCCCCUAGAUAAUCUUCCUUUAGGUUCAUCACUAUUAAAAUUCCAUUUUUUACUCGAUACAUUGCGCCAUGCAUUACUCAACUCCUACGCGUGCUCUACCUAAAAGCCACUAUUAUCUGAUGUGCUGUGUGGAUUAAAGCCAAGCUUCUCAAGUGCCCAUAGGGUAAGGCUAGGAGAUUGUGCAUCCCUCCCAGUUAUAGUGAAAUACACUAAGUAGCACGGGGCUUUUUGGCUAGAACUUGAGCCAAAAAAGCCCCGUGCUACUUAGUGUAUUUCACUAUACUUACCUGAUAUAUCUAAAUUAGGAUUCUCUGAGAAGCCGAAGAAUUUUUUCUAACGAAGCUCAUAAGGAUCCCCCCCCCUCAUUUGUCCAAUUUUCUAGUCUUUUAUCAUUUGUCCAUUUUUCUAGUUUUUUUUAUAGGAAAAAAAAAAUUUUUUUUGAACCGCAUUUAUCCAAUUUUCUAGUCGAAAUUUUGAUAGAGAAAAAAUAUUUUUCAGGACCUCAAUUGUCUCAUUUUCUAGUUUUUUUAAAGUAAAAAACUAGAAUUUAGGGCAUUCGAAAAAAUCAAAAAAAGACUAGAAAAUUGGACAAAUCAUUUUUGACUAGAUUUUGGGACAAAUGAGGUCCUGAAAAAAAAUUUCUUAUAAAAAAAAAGACUAGAAAAUUCGACAAAUGAGGGGGGAUCCUUAUGUCAUCAUUUUAUCAUUAUGCGUAAUUUACAAUAGCGGUAUAAUUAUGAUUGAUUUUCCAGCAGUUUACAAUGGUGACUAUUCUUUCAUCCUUAAAACCAUUAACAUUUUUCACAAAGAUAUAAAAAAAAUGUCUAUAUCAAUGGAAUCAGCUGUUGCUUUAUUAUUUUCUGACUGUACAAUUGCCAUAUAUGAUAUAAAUCUCAAUUAUCUCAAAACUUUGGGACCUCAUUUGAAAGAGAUUAGGAUCAAAGUUUAGGGCCUCCUUGAUUAGCAUUGCACCUAGACAAAUCUUUGAAGAGCUGCAGGCGAAACUCCCAAGGUGAGUAAGCAUUCCUCAGAGAUAACUCUUCUCUGCUUUCGGUGGAACCUUGGAGUGCACAAUUUAGGGAUUUUACAGCUCCUACUUAAAUGAUUGGAACUUCAACUAGGCAUAAACUCUCGAGCUAAUAUUAAUCCAUUAAUGCUUUCGACUUCGGCUCUAAUGACAUAGGGGCAAAGGUCUUUAUUCCCAAUGUUUAUUGAAAAGAUAGCAUGGUCGAGGGACAACGAGAAAAUAAAUGCCUAGUGCCCGUAGACUCCUUUUCCUGCUUAGUCUGGUACACAAACUCUUGACAAGUUCGGGAGAUGGCGGUCAGUGGUGUCGCUAUUUCAUUUUGUGUCCCCCAUUUAAAAGGAACUAUUAAAUUAUUUAUCAGCAUGAAAAAUAUUCUCCUCCUACAAGUGGAUAAUAUUAUUGCUGUAUAUGAUUGAACAAAAUUUGCAUUUGAAGCAUUGGUGUAUACGAUUAAUCUUGGUGAAUCGUGCCAAUUAGCUGACUCUAAAAGAGAGCUAGAGAGUUUUAUGGAAAUUCCAAUAAUAUGCCAGAUUGAUGAUAAAAGUAUUUUAAGAAUUUAUAAAUUAAGAUGUAAUCAGCAGGUAUAUCCAAUUGAAAAUAAAUGCUCACUUCCUAUUGGAAUAAAUAUAAUGCUAAACCAAACUGUUUACUCAGAAAAUAAAAUAGAAGAAGGAAAGAUCUCGAUUUUAGCUGAAAACACUAAUUUUAAGUCAAUAGUUGACAUUUUGUUUAAUUUUCACACAAAUCAUAACACCAUUUGGAUUGAAAAUAAUAAUUUACAAAAAAUAAUUGAAGCUCCAUACUACCAACACAAGAUUGUUGAUCUCAGUAAGAUUUUACAUGGAAAUGGCAUCAAAGUUUCAAUUCUAAUAAACGAAAUCAAUUCAGAAAGCGUUAAUCCUGAAUUUUCUCCUGUGCAUAUGGAAAAUAACUUUAAAGAAAUUUCAUCAGUAAAAAUCAAAUCUUGUUAUGAAAGGACUUAUGAGAUUUUUGUUAAAAAUGCAAAAAAAUCAGUGAUUAAUGGAAUAAAUGAGUUUAUUAUUAUAGAUCGUUCUACCAACAUUCCUAUUAUAGAUUCGGUUCUAAUGUUUAAGGAUUUUAUUUUUGCUGAUUUUAUUUUAUGUGAUAAUUUUAAUGCAAUUGAUUUUAAUGAAAAUAUUAUUAUAAUAUUUGCAGCCUGUAAAUAUUUUGCAGUUACAGAAGAAUUUUGACAAGAAAAAGCAUUACUGGGAGCAGAAAAAAAUAUUUUGCUUGUCAUUAAAUAUGAUUUUAUUACAUACUCCAUUUAAAUUUGAGCAAAAAUCCAAUUUUAUUUUGCCUUUUUGAAAAUAAAAAAUGUAUUUUCGCUUCUAAACUUUUCUAAAAUUUGUUCUAAUUUAAAGGUAUUAAUUUAUUUAAAAAAGAAGUUUAAUUAUAUUUUGCCCAGGUGGGGUAAAGAAAUCUUCAUUAUGAUCAGAAAGUAAUAUUUGGAUCCCAUCGUUUGUUGAAAAUUUAAAUAUAGUUAAGCUUAACAAUCAGCGCUUUGAAAUAUUUUUAUAUGAAAAAACUAAUGGCUUUAAAAGCUAUGCAAAUAGCUGCAUCCUCAGAUACAAGGGCUUAUUAAACGAAAAUGGAGUUUUUCUUAUCCUCUCCUCUUUGAGCAGACAAGAAAUUUUUAAUCUAUGAAAAAAUCUAAUUUUUUGAGUCUCCCAUAAACAAAAUUUUACAAUAUAAUUUAAUCUAGUUUAUUUAAAAAACAAAAGUUAAUCUAACAAAAAUUUUGUGCUCGCUCACAAGGGGAGAGUUACAAAAAUUGAAAAUAUUGAUUUUUUUUCUCUUGGAGUAAAUUCGUUUUUAAUCCAGUCAAUUGAUAUAAUACUAUCCAAAUUUGGCAUUAUAUACCUCUACAUUAUUGAUUUUUCAUAUGGUCUGAGAAUUAUCGAAAUUCAAGAAAAUAGCUCAGCAAUAAUCAUUGAAAGCAUACCGCAUUCAAAUUCAAAUAAAUUUCUAUCUCUUUCUAUUUGCCAAAUGAGAUUAUUUAUUAUGACUAAUUCAAUGAUUUUGCUCGAAUAUUCAAUCAAUGAUAAACCCAGCAUAAAACUGGUUCGAUCGUUAUUUUGCCGUUUGAAUUUUUUAAAGCCAAGUACUUUUUCCCCAAAGCUGACAUCAUGCCAAGAUGACUGCAAGUAUAUUAUUUUUACAGACGUUAAAAUAGAUUUAUAUCAAUCUACAUUAAUAGAAGUAAUAAAUCUACAUGACUCUCCUCCAAGUUUUUUUCCUUUUUCUACAACUGUGAACAUCAAAAAUAUAUUUUUUAUUAAAAAUAAUGUGAUUUCUUUCGCAGACACUAUUAUGUGUAUACUAAAAGAAUAUUCUAUAAACCAAAAAACCAUAGAAAUACCUGCUAUAAGUGAAGAAAAUUAUAAAAAAAUGAGGCAAUGAUGGGGAACUGAUAAGUUUUAUAUACAAAUUCAAGCAGAAAAUUCAUUCCAAAAAUUAGUUUCAGAUGUGUUUGUUCUUAGAAGAGGGAAAAUUGGCCAACAAUCUUCACUUCAUUGAUUCAUAUGGACUUUAGGAGGAAUGAUACUUAUUUUCCUUGGUGCUGCUAUUGCAUGUGGAAUAUAUUAUUCAAAGAAAAGGAAAACCCAAGGAAUAAGCAAUUUUGUAGAUGAUGGAGUGAUGAUGGAAGAAAUGAGUAGCAUUUAA